AUGAAGUAUGAAAUUGAUGAAAGAGAAGAGGAAACAACAAAUCAUCCCGAUGUUGAAUUAAGCGAUGGAGAUAUUUUGAUAGGACCAGGUAGUCCUGUUUUUAACCGAGGACAUCCAAUAAUUCAGUUUUCAAACGGAGUAAACACUUUUGUAGAGAGACGUGUACAGGAAAACGAUACAUAUGAAAUAAAAUACUGUUUGGUAAUCAGGAAAGUGAUUCAAGGAUUGAUGGGAAGAAGGAAAAACAUUGGAGUAGAUCAACUGAUGUUUGAACUGGGUCACUCAACGAUUCUUCGUCUUCCAUCAGAUUUCAAAGUACGGAUUCAGAAGAUGGAUAGUGGUUAUAUCAACCCGGAGUACUUCCUACCUCCGGUUGAUUCUUCAAGUUUUCCGUUGAAAGAGCUCAGAUUGAGAUUUCCGAAUGUAAAUUUUGAAAAGGAAAAUUUCUUCACCGUUCCGAUAUGA